AUGACGCCAGAGAGAAUUUAUCGUAUCUUGAAAUUUUUCGGUAGAUUGAGUUGCACGUGGCCACCGGAGGAAAAUGACAAUAAAUUCCGGAGGAUAAUCAAUGAUCUACAAUUUAUCGUCAUGAUGACAAAUGUCAUCGCUCUCCUGGUGCCACUCAUGUGCGGAGUUUAUCACAAUCGCCAUCACGUCAGCACCGCGAUGAAGGCCCUCUCGGAAUUAACGGCUCUCGGUGAUGUCUUGUUCAAUCUGAUUCUGUGCAGAGUGCAACGGGAUCGUUUGCGGGGAUUAUUAAUGGAAGUGAACACCUACGCCAACACAGUCGAAGGAGACGAGAGGAAAAUAUUUCAUCGAAGUGUCAACCAGUACCUACCAUUUUGUGCAUUCGUUGGACUAUCAUAUCUCCAAACAGCUAUUGCAUUUUCCUUCGGGCCGCUCGUUAUGUCAUCAAUACUCCCUGGCGAUACUUGGUAUCCAUUUCCCAUCGAAAUAUUUUCCACCGUAUACUUUCUGGUGUACAUCCAACAAGUCGUCGCUAUUAUUCAAACGGGAAUGUGUAUCACCGUGGAUUUCAUGGUUGCAUAUCUUCUCAGUUAUCUCUCAGCAAGAUUACAAAUACUGAAUAUUGAAUUUCGAAGAGUUGGAAAUCGGAGACAUCUCCAUGCGUGCAUAAAACAACACCUGGAAUUUAUAAGAUUUACAGGUGAACUUCGCACAGCCGUUCGAUUUAUCAUUGUUAAGGGGAUUGUCACCAUGGCCAUGGCUGCUAUUUUCGGGGCUUUCCCCAUUAUUGAGAAUGAACCUCUACCCGUCAUUUCUCAAUUUAUCCUCAUGGUAAUCGGUGGUUGUUUGCGACUCUACGUAAGUGCCUGGCCAGCGGAUGAUGUCCGCGAGAUGAGUGAACGAAUUGGGUGGUCGAGCUACGCAUCCCCAUGGAUCGGGAGUUCACGAGAGAUGCAGAGAGCUAUCAGUAUUGUUGUUCAUCGAGCUCACAGACCACUCGUUAUUGCGGUUCAUGGAAUUCUUCCUGCGUUAACUUUGAAGUUUUAUGCAUCUUUUUUGUCAUCAACCCUUUCGUACUUCAUGACUCUCCGAGCUGUACUGCGCAACUAA